GAUACGUAGACAAUAUCUAAAACUACCACAAGAUCCAUCUCUAUUUACCAAUAUAUACUCAAUGAACUUAUGAUCUUUCAAUAUAUGUCUCAAAUAUGGUUGUCUACUUGAUCUCUCCUAUCGCACGAACCCUAGCCCUAAUCUUCAUCUCUCUUCCCUCUCUCAUUAACACAUCCCAGUUGGAUUACGACACUCUAGUGUUCAGUCAAUGUGAUUCAUCAGACACAAACAUCCUCCAAAAAGUAACCACAAAAGAUCCAAGUUACUCGAAUCCUAAUCUCCUUCUUCGUGCGCAAGCUCUUUAUUCUUUCUUAAGCAAACUCGAAUCAGAAUCCUCUCGAGCGAAGUUCUUUAACACUCUAGUUGGUAACGAGCAACACGCGGUCUCGGGAUGGUUCCAAUGCAGAGAAGAUUACCCGAGUGAGAUAUGCCAUAGAUGCGUUCGUGAGCUUCGUGAUAUUUCGUCUAGAUUGUGUGGAAAUGCCACGUCAGCUCGGGUUCAUCUCCGAGGAUGUCACAUGGUGUACGAAAUUGAACAUGUUGAUACCCCUACUUCUCAAGCUAAUCAUCAUAACUACAAGUUAUUGGAAACACCGGAACGAGGUCUCAUCCACAAGAUAUGUGACGGAGCUACGGCGGAGACGCUCGUCGGAUUCGAAGAGAUGAGAACGGUGGCACUCACAGCUGCCGAAACAGGAGUCGUUGACGGGCACGGGUUCUACGAGGAAAGCUACAAGCUCUUGCACGUUGUGGCUCAAUGCGACGGCCACGUUGAAGCCUGUGAUUGCGGCGAGUGCGUCAGUGCGGCCGCGGCAGCAGCGGCAGAAGAGUGUCCGUGGUCCACCGCCAGUCAAAUAUACUUGGAAGGGUGUUACGUUGGGUAUACGUAUAACCCGCAUGAAUAUCCCGGUGAUUCAUACCACGAGGAAGGGGGAAAAACAAGCACGGGGAAGUCGUUGGCGAUAGUUGUAGGAGGAGUCGCGGCUUUGGUCUUUGUUGCUAUUUUCUUCUUGUUCCUCAAGAGCUUGCGUAGAAAAGGAGAUGAUUGUUGAAUAGAAGGUCUACAUCGGAGAGACGUUGGGAAAAUUUUGCUGGUCCUUGUUUUUGUUAAAGCAACCAAAGAAUUUUGCUUCUUACCAUUUGCUUCACAAUGAAAGCUUUCAAAUUCGGUUGGGAAUAUUACACAAUAGUGAGAUGAUUAAUAAUGUGAAAUAUUUGUAUUUGAUUAAUAAUUUUCCGUAAAAGUUAUAUAUGUCACCUUAUAUAUAAAUCUUUCAACACUUAUAUAAAUUCUGAAAAACUUGUGGAAAGAUUAUGGCAUCCAC